CGCCUCCAUCUCUGUAUCGCCUGCCGCAACGCCCAGAAGAGCGAAGAAGCGCGAGACCUCAUCCUGGCGACCCACCCCGCCGCCCAGGUCUCCACCGUAGAGGUGGACCUGGGCAACCUGGCCUCUGUCCUGCGUGCCGCCCGCGAGCUCCGCUGCAGGUUUCAGCGCCUGGACUUUGUCUACCUCAACGCUGGGAUCAUGCCCAACCCACACGUGAACUUCAAGGCACUCUGGCAUGGUCUCCUUACUGGGAAGCUGCUUCACAUGCUGACUACCGCAGAAGGCGUAAUGACCCAGACAGAUAGGCUUAACGGAGAUGGACUGCAGGAGGUGUUUGCUACCAACCUCUUUGGGCACUUUAUCCUGGUUCGUCAACUUGAGUCUCUACUCUGCGGUAACGAGAAGCCCUCACGACUCAUCUGGACCUCUUCCAGCAACGCCAGGGAGUCUGCCUUCAGCCUUUCUGACUAUCAGCAUGCCAAGGGGCAGGAAUCAUACAGUUCUUCUAAAUAUGCUACUGACCUAACAAGCGUGGUUCUGAACAGGAAAUUUAAUAAGCAGGGUCUGUAUUCCAGUGUUGUUUGUCCUGGCCUUGUUAUGUCUAACAUGACCUACAGAAUUUUGCCAGUUUUUCUGUGGAAGCUGCUAAUGCCCAUCAUGUGGUUGAUCCGUUUUUUUGCCAAAACUUACACUCUGACACCGUAUAAUGGAGCAGAAGCUCAUGUGUGGCUCUUCAAACAGAAGGUAGAGAACCUGGAUGUGCUUGUCAAAUACCACAGCUGUACUUCUGGUCUGGGGAAGAACUAUGUGGAGCCCAGAAAGAUGGAUGUGGAUGAAGAAACUGCUGAGAAACUUUACCAAAAGCUGUUGGAACUGGAGAAGCAGACUCUAGAGAGAUACAGUGAUCUCCUAGAUUAAGUUAAAUUUGGUCUCAGUAGGAAAACAGUCUUAUAUCAUUAACAUGGGCUUUCUUCACUCUGGAGUUACUUGUGUUGCUUGCUGUUCUGCAGGCA